UUAUUUCUUUAGAGGAAGAAGAACAAGCUGUGUAAACAGGAAGAUCAUGUCAGUGGUGUAACAGAAGGAAAAACUCAAACAUUAGUUUUUCAUAGUUUAAUGUGUACUGUUAAUCUCGAAAAUAGAAAUACGUAUUAAAUUUGUUUUCAAGAAAACGAGAAAGGUAUGGCGGAGGCAAACGGGAUGACAGACGCCCAGUUGAUUCAGCAGCUGGCUCUUCUGGGCUGGCUGAAAACGGACAGUGUUCAGUGUAAGGAGCUGCUCACUGCUGUCACGGGGAUGCAGGUGGCCCGUGAGAUUCUGGACAGACUCUCUGGGCAAAGCAAAAUAGAUGCUUACAGGAGGGAAUGUAUUCAGAGCAUUGCUAACUAUGUAAAGAAGAAUCCCAGGGCUUCCCAGCGGGAGCUCAAUGCUGAGGUUGAGAAGAACGUGCUGCUGUUUGCCUCAAGGGUUCAAGCACUAGAUACCGGCCACUGAACACAUCACUGCAGCUCUGACCUUCACUGCUGUUUACUGACCAAACCAUCUCUCCUUCUUUUUUCUGUCUGCCUUUCUCUUUUUGUAUUUAUCUAACUUUACCUAAACUAUCAUAUACUGUAUACACUCAUUUUUUUUUUCCAUAAUUUUGAAUAAUUAUUUUUGUGGACAACAUGUCAGCCUUUAUCAUUUUUAUGAUAUAUAGUAUUGCUCAAUUGUACUUAUCAUUUAAAACUUGAGUUUUUAAUGUUUAAACUAUCAGAUUUUAAUCUUAUAUCUCAAACCUAAAAUAAAGGUGCUUAUAUUCA